AUGGGAAAAUGCUUAAGCUGCUGCAAAGAGGACCAGAGCUUCCAACGAUGUUGUCCAGAAGAUCAAGUUACUACAGACGCCCAGCAUCAUGGAGCUUCUUCUAUUUUACAAGCAAAUGUAUCUCUUGAUCAUAAAACAUCUUAUUCCCCUGUGACACAUAAAGUCAAUUCAGCCAAAACAAGUAGAAGGCUAUCGUCUCUAUCAAGUCCAUCUUUCUCUGAAAGAAGAUGUUCUUUAUUUGCUAGAUUUCAAAAAGGAAAUGCUUCCCCUUACUGGCAGCAAAGUAGAGCUAACUUUGAUUCUGAAGAAGACACAAGCUUCACUGAUUUAAAAUCUCCCUCAGAGCAUUUUAAUAGCCUUAUGUCCCGCAGAAGCCGUUUCUUAUCCCGUAAACUAAGUAUAGUUUCCUGUUACAAGAGUGCGAUUUUUUUUGAUCCUCAAGCAAGUGGCCAGAGUGUGUUUAAUCUAAAUGAAAUCGAAAUCAUUUUUAAAACCCCAAGUAAUAAUGAUGCUCAAAAUCAUAUAACCAUCUCUGCUCCUGAAUAUUGCACUAAAAAUUUUAAGAAUUUUGAAAUAAACACCACUUCUCCAGCCUUUCGGAACAGUGUUGAUAGAGCCUCCUAUCAACAAAGCGCAUCAUCCUUCUUUUCUCUGGCAAGUGAUCAACAAAAUGGAAUUGCCACUGAUAUUCAACAAAAGGGCCAGUUAAGUAAAGAUUUAAAAGAUUUCCUUCUUCCUGGUUCUGAAAGUUACAGCACAGAUCAUUCUCCAGUCAUGAUUCAACAGCAUCCCUCUCAAAGUGGAACUUUGUCAUUCCUCCAUAAAGCUGGAAUUUCUUCAUCUUAUAAAGAUUCUGAUUGCUUUAUCCCAUCGGAAAACGAAGUCACUUCAGCCUCCUUUGAUGAUGAAAACAGAUCUUCACUUUUUGAAAUUCCUAAAAUAAGGUCUCCUCAGACUUAACCCUCUCUUAGAAGGGCACCUCAAAUAGUUUUCCCACUAGUCAUCUUCAUAGUCUGUAGAAUUCACUGCUCAUAAACUCCCCCUUUCCUCACCAAGCUUCACUGCAUUCUCUGAAAAUGAUUCCUACAUUGCAGUAUAAAUUUAAUUCCUUUACUUUUGAAAGUUGGU